GUACUGCUUUUCCUGCAGUGAAAUGUGAACAUUAAAGUGCAUGUGGAGGAGGAGUCCUCACUGAGGGAAGAGAGGUAAGGGAGAGGAGGAGAGGAGGAAGAGGAGGGGUAAGGGAGGCGGAGAAAGAGUAAGACAGCAGCAACACGGGUAGAUAGCGAUGUAGACUGGGAAAGCAGAGGUAUCAGUGUGUAGAGUAUGAGCAUCUUCACAAAGGGGCUCUUCUGGCAUUUCUCCUUUUCACUGAAAGCUUUGGAUUCUCCCUGUCAUUCAUCAGCCUGGUAGGUUUAUCACACUGCAUCUGCAUGUUGACUCUGCUCUGCUUGGAUUAGAAAUCAAACAUUUGCAGUUACAGUACAGCAUUUUUUGUUUUCAUCCCUGGACUGUAAAUGCAGCAUUCUGCUCUGCUGGUUUCAUAAGUUUAGCUCUAAAUACUUUAAAACCUUUCAAAGGAGGAUUCAAACUGCAUGUAUUUCAUUCUUGUCCACCUGAAAAAUAUGGUGAUGCAAUAUGUUGCCAUCUGUCUGCCUGCUUUCUUUUCAUAUAGUGACAACUCUCUAAAUGAAGAUUUUUUUCACUCUCAUUCUGGUGCAGACUGUCUCACAUCCCCUUCACCCUCUCUCUCCUCUUCUUUUUCCUCUUCUCUGGGUUGCAUAACUCUUUCUCUUUUUUUUUUAAUCAAAACUAAAAAUCAAACCCUCAUAUCCACGAGCCUGGGUUCAGCUCAAGACUGCAUCUGUCAGAUGCUUCUCUCUAUUAAAGUUCCUGCACGUCUACAUCUGUUCCCUCUGAUCCCCCUGAGACCCUUGCUCAUGUUCAGAGCUGGCACAAGUCUUAGCCCUGAUAUCCCGCGGCAGUCAGACAACCAAUCACAUUUCAGCCUGACUUCCCCAGUGGAAAGAAAAGGCAAUCAGCCUCACUAUAAAAGAGUAAAUUCCUCUGCAGAUGCUGAAAAAUGGCUUCUGUGUACGGUUCAUAACAUUACUUUUAAUCUUAAACCAAUCCAGAACGUAUUUUUUGAUCCAUCAGCUGCGAUCAGUUCUUCUGCUUCAAAGGGAGUCAUGAUGGUUAUGCAGUUACAGAUGGGGAUUACACUCACAAGGUCUUGAACAAUGUUUGGUAACUCUUUUGGUAACAACUUUUGAAUACAGCAAGGAAUUGAUUUCAAAAUUUGUCCUCUGUUUUAAUGAGACAACAGCUCUGUGAGUGAUCCCCUGGACACCCUAACGAGACAUGUGCUGAAUCCACCCACCAACAUGUUGCUCUGUUGGACCUCUUCAGUACUUUCAUAUCAGCUCAGUGUGUUAAAUAAAUAAUCAUUUACCGCUAUAGAUAUGGUCAUGAAUUAAUCAGGCAUCAACCCUUUCAUGUCAACUGGGAGCCUGUUUAUUCAGCAAGGAUAAUUAGAAAACUUCGUUCAUACUUCAAUUAGGAUCAAGUUGAUUUUACUCCAGGGUGGUACAAUAAAUAAUCUAAUCACAUUCUCUUUGUUGUUCAGACAGCCUUCAUUAGAGCUGCAUAGUACAGUAUGUGUUUUUGUUACUGUGUCUGAAGUCACUGUGUGGUCCUGGUUUCUCUUGAUGGAAACAAAGCUCUUUGUUUUGAGUCUUUGUUUUCUCCACUGCCACUCAUUCUUGGUUUCAGAAGUACAGUUUCUACUUGUUUAGAGGCGAUAAGACGAGGUUUUCUUUUGUCAUUAGAGACUUCUCUGAGUGUCUGUGAACCUGGUGUAACAUCUGUUUUUAGCUUCCUUGCACCUCUGGAUGUGACUCUGCAUCUUAAUUUGACAUGUUCAGAUGAAGAUCUCAAGACAUUACCUUUUUUUGUCCUCUUAGCCAGUCUCAGUGACAAGUCCUCUCUUCAGUAAAUAUCACUUAAACUAAAGCUUUAGUUGUUUAGGUCUGUUAUUGUCAUCCACAGAAACCAACCAAUACUCGACCAACAAUACGCUGCUGCACUGAACAAUGGAUCGAACCAAACGCAGAGGGUUUGUGGCCUCAGAUGUUCAUUAAAUCAAGCUCAUAUUAUCCAGAAUUGAAGUCUUUGUCGAAUGGAUUAAAUUGAAUGUUUAGAAACGCCCUGCUGCUGCUGCCACCGUGUGCGUGUCUCACCACUAUGAAUCAUCCGAUUCACCAUUUUACUUUCAAGCUCCAAUUUUGUUCCAUUCAGAAAGAGCAAUUUAAAAAAAAGCCUGAGAGGACAAGCCGACGUCACGAGUUUACCAAAUUGCUACAUAUUAUUAUCUCUACUGGACUAUUAUCACAAAUGCAACCAAAGAUAGCCGAUGUGCUCUCGCUGAAAUCACAUUUCUCCCAGAACCAGGCAACUCUAGGAUUAAGACACAGCUUCUCAAAUCAGAAAAAAACCUUGUACUGUAAGUGGCUUCAUCCACUUACUUAAAGGACAGUGCAUUUCUAUACCACAGGUGAAGAAACUGCCUUGGUGGUUUGCAGGAGAAGGGAAAAUACAUCAAAUCUCCAUUAACUAUUCCACUACUUUCAUAUUUCAGAGAAAUUGUGAUAUUUUCAUUCGACUACAAUCUGUAACUCCAAUCAGAGGUGAGAUGAUGUGUCGUAUGAUGUUAAAUAUACGACACAUCAAAUAGGGCUGCAACUAAUGACUAUUGUAAUACUGAACUAGUCACCAACUAUUAAAACGAUUGGUCAACUAAUCGGAUAAUAAUGAUUUUUUUCUUAAAUUUACCUUGAGGUUGCUUUAAUUGAGUGGCAAUGAUAAUAAACACAAGAAUUAUGGGCACUUCAAUGAGACAUGCACAUUUUAUUUAACUCUGCUGCUGAUAGACUAGUUCAUACAAAAAGUAAAUUAAAAAAAGGCAUAUCAAAAACCAAUUGACAGUCAGCAAUUUGGGGCAGCAGUAGCUCAAGAGGUAGAGCAGUCGUCCCAUAACUAGAAGGUUGGCAGUUCAAUUCCCCCCUAUUCCAAGUCUGUCCAUUGUGUUCUUGGGCAAGACACUUAACCCACCUUACUGCCAGUGUGCGUGUCCUCCACUAGUGUAUGAUUGUGAGUGUUAUGUGGUGAUGGUCGGAGAGGCUGUAGGCACAAACUGGCAGCAAUAUUUCCAUCAGUCUGACCCAGGGCAGCUGUGACUACUAAGGUAGUUUACCACCACCAAGGUGUGACUGUGUGGGCAAAUAAAUGAUGUAUCCAAUGUAAGGGUCUCUGAUAAAGUGCUAUAUGAAAUCUGAUGCAUUAUUAUUAGUCUGCUUGUUAUGAAGCUAAUAUCUUACCGAGUCUAACUGUUCAUCCAACAUUCAGAUGUGCCUUCUCCUCAAAUGUCCGUGCAUCACCAACGUGCUGCCAUGAUACACAAGGUCUGCUUUGCAAACCUUGCAAGUUAUUUUAUUUAAUUUUUUCGCCUUAUCUAGGCUAAAAUGCUCCAAAACUUCAGUGGUUUUUAAGCGUGUAGUUGUAGCUGCUGGAUGCCAGCGACGCCGUGUUUGAAUACCCUACCGCUCAGGGGAGACGCUAUUGCGCAUGUGUGACUCUAGGCAGAGAUCGUAAUGAACUAAGAUGCCUCACUCUGCUGGAAAAAAAAAAAAACACGUUUGGCGACAAAAGUCGACUAUGGAAUUCAUUACCAACUUGUUUCAUUAUUGAUUUUUGUCCAUAACGUUGACUAAUCGUAAAAACAAAUCAUUUUAAGCCUGCAUUUGAUUAGAAAUAGUGCAAAGACAACAUAUCAAGUAUCAAACUCUUAUUGCAUAAUGAAAAUGCAUGAUUGCUUUACGUUUGAUGCCGGCAGCAUCUCACAGAAGAUAAAACAAGGUUUACCUCUCUGUUAAGAAGGAAUUACUUCAGCCAUUGCUCUUUGUUACCAACAGCAUAAAACAUCACAAGAUAUUUAGAGAGUGUGGAGAGAUCCCAGAACAAAAGAGACAUGGCUGAUCACUGAUACUGGAUCAUCAAGAGUUUUAAGCCCUUGGGUAGCACUGCGUUUAAAAGGGUUACAUAACUCUGCAGUGGAAAUCGAUGCAUGAUCUCAAAGUCACAUCCAGAGAGCACUGGCUGUGAAUGCAGACUCCAUUAAUGCUGGAUAGUAUAUACAUGUGCUGCCAUCCAGACAAUGACUUUUUCAGGCCUGACUUGUUAAUUGAAAACAAUUGGAGCAUCACGGUACAGAUAAAUGUGAACGCCAAUAGAGGUCAAAGUCUUUGUCGCAGCACUCAUAGUUUUAUUCCCGGCCAUGACCCUUUGCUUCUCCACUUUCCAUGUUUCCUGUCUCUCUCCAGCUUUUCUAUCUUAUAAAGGCAAAAGUGCCCAAAAGCUAAAGAUACAUCAAAGGAGACUCCUUGUUGCUGAGUCACUGGAAUCUUAAUACCAGGCGAGAACAUGACAACAAUUCACUGUCAGCAUCACUGUAAACAUGUCUUUGUAAAAACACAAUGCUGGCAUCAAGUUUAGUUUGGCUCUCCCUUUAUUGUUGCAUAAUAAAAAGACAAAGUCUGAACACCAGGAAGCUUCCUCUGAAAGGAUUUUCUUUUUUAACACAAGUGAGGUCUUGAGCCAAAAACAUGUUGUUGAAGGAGCCUGUGAUCCUUUGUCUGGCGAUGAUUCAGCCUCUUAGGAGGAUGGUCGCCCUUUCAGGCAUGCCACUGUGGAUGACUGUGAAAAAUGUCUCCUGUCUAAGACUUCUUAUCGUGUGCACUUCAUUGUUCACAGUCCAGUUAGUAACUUGAGAGGUGGCCAUGUGAUCAGAUUAAGAGCAUCAUUUCUUGUGUUUUUAUUUUCUGUCUUGCCUCUCUGAUGAUUUUUUUAAACUUUUUUCCAAUUAGUCUCAGUUGCACAGAAUUAAAUUGCACAGAUGCCAGACAGAGUGAGUCCAUCUGUUUUUGUUGGGCCUCUGGUGAGGCUUCACUUGGACUUACUCCAGUUUUUAUAACCUGGAAAAGAAACAGAUACCAAAUACCAAAAUAUGGUUGUAGAGAUGGACCGUAUUUCCUACAAUCAGAAACCAGAACACUUUGCAUAGAAAAGCCCCAUUUUUAAAGAUUUCAAGACAGAUCUGUUAAUAUAUAUUUACAGCACUACAACAUUACUUGCAACUUAACAGUGUAAAUAUUCCCUGGAUGAAACUGACAACACAGAAAAUUAUUUUUGGUGAACGUCUCACAAAUACGUGUUUUUGUUUUAGGAGGCUUACACAGUGAGAGGAGAGGAUAGUUGUUUUAUUCCACUUGGCUGAUUUCUUCUCCUCCCCUGUUUCAGAUUUCAAAAAUGUCUGACUUUGAGGAUGUCUCCAAGCCAGGAGGGCAGGUCAACGUCUCUGACAGCUACCAGCUGAACCCCGCCAGCAUCAUCGUGUCGGUUGUCUUCUCCCUCAUCUUCCUCCUGGGUACGGUGGGGAACAGCCUGGUGCUGGCUGUGCUUCUGCGCAGCGGACAGGUCGGAUACAACACCACCAACCUGUUCAUACUCAACCUAAGCAUGGCCGACUUCUUCUUCAUCAUCUUCUGCGUCCCUUUCCAAGCCACCAUCUACUCCCUGGAGGGCUGGGUGUUUGGCUCCUUUAUGUGCAAAGUAGUCCACUUCUUCAUCAACCUGACCAUGUACGCCAGCAGCUUCACGCUUGCUGCUGUUUCUGUUGACCGGUAAGUUCACAGUUACCAUCAUACAUUGACCUAAAAAAGAGGAAAUAUUUGAGUGUGUGAUUCUAUUUAAGAGGAAUUAUUUGAUCAGUCUUUUACCAUGUACUUGCUAAACAUUCACAUGGUAUCUGCCACAUCCAUGUACUGUUUUUUGUAAGCACGACUGUUUUCCUCUUUAAAUCAUUACAAUGGCUGUUUUCAUGGAGCCUCUUGAUCCUAAAGGUUGAUGCCCCUGCAGCUCUUUCCACACUGAUGAUUAUUUUCUAUCAUAAGCUCAUCUCUUUACAGUUUUUUUUUAGCUAAAAAGCCUGUAGUUUAGUUAAUUAACUGAUUACAUAAUCACACAUUUUUAGCACCUAAGCUGACACUUUUCCCACUGCUCUUUAUGUUUGUGUUGUCUCUGCCUUUGCAGUGUGUCUGACACUUAUCAUUUCAUUGACAAUAUUCAGCAAAGAAAAGCAUCAACUUGAGAAGAAGCAGAGACUGCUUGUAAAUUUUCCCUGUAAAACAAGUCAGAAUAUGAAUCCAUCAUCCAAUGUGUUGAAGUAUUCUGUGGCUGGAUCAUUCAAUGAGGCGUUUGUUGUUACACGUCUGUUGGAUCCUCUCUGCUCUCAUCAGAAAUGUGCAGGUUUAGUUAUGCAUCAUGAGGUGAAACCUCUGGUGAAUUAAACGCUUUCAGGUCUUUCAGGGUCUCUGAUUGAAAUACACUCUGACAAAUAACUAACCCUGCACCAAUGAAUCAGUUUUAUUGAAUCCAUGUUGCAGUAUCCUGAAAUAAAAGAAAAUCCUCUGCCCUCCUGAAUGACUCUAAUUUCCUCAAGUUGAAAGCUGUAGUUAUCCUCUUUAUUUCACCGGUGUCUGUCCUCUCCACACUCUCAGUAUAUUUUUAUUUAAACAGUUGAUGGUUUGAGCUUCUCAAACCAUCAACUUGGAGACUCAAGUGUGAACUUGAUGAAACAUUUAGGAAACUAAAAAUAAAUCUUACUCAAAGUCCUGAUAACAAAUUUCCAACCAAAAGGUUUAACUUUUAAUAUAACAAGCUGGUGAAAAACAGCAGGGAAAACCAGCAGAAUAAAAAGCACUAAGGAGGACCACAGGGAGGUUCUCCUCUAAAGGAAGAUGGAAGGCACAGCAAUCAAAGUAAAAAUCAACUGAUGCAACUCGUUUUAACGAUUCAACUGAUCCAUACGUAGGCUGCUAUUACUGAAACUGAGUUUUUUUUUCAUCUCAGCUGUUUGAGGAGUGAUGAAUUAGAAUUGUGUUAUAUUUAUCUGCUCUAGCACCACUGUACAAUGAUGAGGAACAGCUAUUUUUCCCUGUCAACACAUAAUUACACUGAGUACUGAGCAGACGUAUGCUGGCAACCCACCAACAUGGUGCAUGUCCAGUACAAAUGAAAAACAACUGCCUUGUGAAAGUUAGAGCUCCAAGGAGAAGCAUUUUUUUUUUAUUUUAUUUUUUUAAAUUCAUUUAUCAAAUGGACUGAAAUUCAUAAUGAUGCAUUCAUAUGCAUUUUUUAAAAGCAAAAAAAAAAAAAAAACAUCAGUGACAACAUUAGUCAUUUAUCUUGUAGAUUUUAGUGCAGGGAGGUAGGGGUCAGAAGGAAAAUACCUGUUUUCACAUUUUCCACAGCAAACUUAAGCAAUUAUGUUUUACCAUUAAAAAUCAGUGGGAUAAGAUUGUUUGUGAAACAACAACAGUAUAAGCAUGAAAAGGACAAGAUAAGCAAAGACUGAUUUGUCCACAGGGGGCGCCAAACUUGACACAAACUUAAAGUUCCUCACAGAAGCUUUAAGGCUUAAUCAAUAUGAGCUAAUCAAACAUAGAUAAAAACAAACUGGAGAGAUAUUCAUAGGUUAGUGGUUCAAAGCAAGUGUGUAAAAAAAUAAUGAGAACUUCCAGAAUAAAACAGAAAACAUGAUAGACCAUAGACUGUAUAUACUAUGGACAACUUGGUUCCGCCUCCCACCUGUAUACGGAUUUGAAGCCAAAAAGCUCUCAGUAUGACCGCGAUUUUUCUUCAUUUCCUGAAACCAGCGCUGCGCAGUAGCGUUGAGCGCAUUCGGCGGGGAGUCGCUGUGAUGACGCUUAGCUCAAACAGCGUAUCCCUCGGUGAGCUACACAAUAGGAAUGCCAAUAGGCUGUAUCAGGUGUCAGUCACAGAAAAUAUGAACCCCCUAAUAACUUUGAGCACAAACCAGUCUUACAAUAACUAUAGCUUCACCCAGCAUGGAGGCAGACGCUGUCCAUUCUAUAUUCAGUCUAUGUGAUAGACCUAUAAAACAAGGAAAACACAAACAAGGACCUUUAAUAAAAAUCAACACAGUUCUGUAUUCUCAUCAAACAUCAAAUGCAUUUAGAGUAUGACAAUGUUUCUAAGCAGUUCAUCCACUUUGACAAUGAUAAACAGUUUAAAUGUCCAAAUCUAAAUCAACUUAAAGAGUCUUUACAAAUGCAUAAGGCUGUGUGCUCAGUUACAGUGUUUUUUGCACAGGUAACACCUAAUACUAUUGAAAAUCAAUGCAGUUCAGCAUUUUCAGCAUUCCUUGCACAUCACCACUCUCUGUUUGUCUGUUGCUGUGCACACAGAUGUGAUGAUAGUUCAACUACUGGGACACUGUGUUAGCUAUCGUGAUUGGUGCUGGUCAACCAAUCAAGAACAAGCAGGGGCAGGUUGUAUUUCUAACACAGUCUCCAUAAAUUGCUUUUACAUUUGCUUUGUAAAAAUGACAGUAAAUGUGAUCAAAUAUGAUCAUUCAGAGCAUAAACUGUUAUAAACAGACUUAUUGGUCUCUACGCACUCGGCAGACGAGCUGCAGGGCAACUUUAUAUCCUAGCAACAGAGAGUGGGAGUGAGGAGUGCUCUGAAAUUCAGCUCAUUGAAGAUCACAGGACCUAAAAUAAGGAGAUAAUGAACAUACGGAUGCAGAGAGUAUCAAACUUUCACUGUUAAAAUAUGUAAAAGCCCCUGAGUUUAUCCAAAUCAUAAUCUCACAUAGAACUCAGACUUUAACACUUUAAAUAAGAAAAGUGACUUUGAAUAUUGGCAUGUUAUUGCAUCAAAUAAAGUCUUGAAGAAAUGUGAAAAUGUGAGGGGCUGCUUCUUGAAAAAAUGUGUCCUGUUCAAAUGCAUGCUUUACUUUUAUAUGACUGGAAUCAAAUUAGUGUUUUUGCAUUUGUUCAGUGUGAGAAAAAGAAAAUCUGACACAUCAUACAUUAACUCAUCAUAAUUAAUUAAUCUCGCAUCACCAAAACAUCACACUUUGAAGCCCUUUUGUUAAGCGUUACCCCAUGCAACUAUUAUCAGUACAUGUAUUUGUCAAGAGGAACAGAUUUUAAGUUCAACGGUGUAUCAAUAUUGAAAAAAGGGGGUUGAAAAAGGCUAAAAGGAAGCUUUGAUUCAAGCCCACUCUCUAUCUGUUACUGCUAUGUAUUGCUCAGUACAUUGUCCCUCAUUAAGACGGAUUAGAUGUAUUUUUCUCAACUGAAGAUAAUGGCAACUUCUGGCUGGAUUCAAAUCGCAGGACUAUAAAGGUACACAUUAAUAGGAUUACUCAAAGACAGACCAAAGAGUGUGCUCAGUCUGGAAUUCAAAAGCUUAUGUAAGAAUUAUUCAUUAUCUCCUCUAUCUGGAAAUGAUACCCACAGAGUCGAAGCUCCAAGCCAUCAUUACAGCUGCUGUAACAACACGGUUAGCUCCGUCAAUAAGGACCGGGUCUGUGUGCAGCUGCCCUCUCUGUUUACACCUCUGAGGAUUUAAUAGAUUUCUCAUCCUGCCGCCCUAAUGCUUCCUCUUCAGACAGCAAAAGAGCAGGGACAUCUGAGCUCAGAAGUUAAUGACUGGUUUCUGUCUUUAGUCUCUCUGUGACAUGUCAAAGAGCAGCUUUACUUUCUCCUACUGAACCCCUGCAGGAGUAAAGACAGAGUUUGGCCAAAAUAAACCCACUUACUGCAGCACAAUAAAAUGAAGCUAUUUGGCUCAAUUGCUUCUUAUUAGGACAUUUAUUUGCACCUGCUGUUGAACAGCUCUAGAGACAUUUGGGAACAUACUGAAACAUUUCUUUUCAGCCAGUUUGCUGUGAAAUUUAAUCACGGCUUUAUUUCACGGAAAAGUGGGGAUCCAUUGUUUCUCGAAAACAGAAGUCUACAAGUCAGUUCUCUUUUGUUUGUUUUUACAUUUGAUGAGGUGUCUCACCUUGGAGAAAAGGAUUGGAAUAAACACAUCAACAAAGCAUCUUCAUCCGUCACAGAGACACGGCACCCUGAUAACAGGCUGCACAUGUUUAAAGAAAAAACAAGCAAUGUGACACUGAGCAGAUAACUUUAGCAACAACAGAAGAAAAACAGCACGGUGUCAGAUUAAUAAACGUGAUAGGUGCUGUUAAAAUAACUCUAUUUUAAUCAUAGCACACAGUGCAUGCUGGGAUUGUAUGUCUUUACAGUGCAGCACAGCUCAGCACAAGAAACCACCGUGUCAUCAACUUGGUGAUGCAUUCAUGAUCAUUUCCCUGAGGGGUUGUUUUAUUUGAUAAAACCUUGAAAUUGCUUGAGGGAAAUGUCGAUGUUAAACUCAGAGUCUUCAAGGUGAGGAAUAACAGGAAGCAUGGAGGUAUAGCACCAGCCUUGGAGGAUAUAACCCUGAUAUUAUCAAAUCACUGACUGUCAGACCCUCUUCACUUUGAGGGUUUAGUUCAAAUUGGAUUCAUGUUAUGCAAAACAGAGAAAAAUCAUGAGUGCACUGAAACGUGUAAAUUUGAACUGGGUUACAUAUGGAGCUAAUCUCAGCACAUUAUUAAGGUGCCCGAUAUUGUAUUGAACAUGCAAGGUGAAGUAAAACAAACACAAAUACAGUAAAAUGGUUCAUACAAAUAGACUAUUUUUCAGUCCAAACUUUCCAUUUUUAAAACUUAUGAAUAAUAAUAAUAAUGCAUCAGAUUUUAUAUAGCGCUUUAUCAGAGACCCUCAAAGCACUUUACAUUGGAUAUAUCAUUCAUUCGUUUACACAGUCAUACUUUGGUGGUGGUAAACUACCUUAGUAGUCACAGCUGCCCUGGGGCAGACUGACGGAAACGUAGCUGCCAGUUUGCGCCUACAGCCUCUCCCACUACCGUCACACAACACUCACAAUCUUACACCAGGGGAUGACACACACUGGGAGCAAGGUGGGUUAAGUGUCUUGCCCAAGGACACGAUGGACAGACUCGGGAUAGGGGGGGAUUGAACUGCCAACUUUCUGGUUACUGGAUGAACGCUCUACCUCCUCAGCUACUGGAUAAAAGGACUUUUGGGUGUAAAUGUAGGAUAAAAGAAUCUUCUGAGUAAAUGGCAGAUGGCAGAGUUGGCAGAGUUAACUGAUUCAGUCUUUGCUCUUGGCUGUUUAUCUCCAAUCAAGUUUAAACAGAUUAAAACACAGCAGUGUGGAUUACUUGAAUGUGUUUUGAUCAUGCUCUACUCUUAGCAUGACUUCUAACAAUCAUGUCCUUGGUUUGAGUCUGUUUAUUAUUUUUCUCCCUAUGCAGAUAUUUGGCCAUCCGUUACCCGCUGCGCUCCAGAGAGCUUCGAACCCCAUGUAACGCAGUGGUUGCCAUGGUGAUCAUCUGGGGUCUCUCUCUAGUCUUUGCGGGUCCUUAUCUCAGCUACUACGACCUGAUCGAUUACGACAACAGCACUGUGUGCAUCCCUGGCUGGGAGGAGCAGAAUCGGAAGGUGCUGGACACGUGUACCUUUCUGUUUGGCUACGUCAUCCCUGUGCUGAUCGUGAGUUUAUCCUACACUCGGACCAUCAAGUACCUGUGGACGGCCGUGGACCCUUUAGACGGCAUGUCAGAGUCCAAGAGGGCCAAACGCAAAGUCACCAAAAUGAUCAUCAUAGUCACCGUGCUGUUCUGUAUCUGCUGGCUGCCGUACCACGUGGUGAUCCUGUGCUACCUGUACGGGGACUUCCCCUUCAACCAGACCACGUAUGCCUUCAGGCUGCUGUCUCACUGCAUGGCCUACGCCAACUCCUGUGUGAACCCCAUUGUCUACGCUCUGGUGUCCAAACACUUUCGCAAGGGCUUCAAGAAAGUGUUCAGCUGCAUCCUCAGCAAAAAAGGCAGAAACAAAGUCCAUGUGGUUCACGUGGCCAACACCGUGCCAGGGUUUGAGGCUGGCUCGACGGAAGUGUCACACAUGAACGAGGAGAAUUUACGACAGAAUGAAUGCGAGAUGAUAAACAGGCCCAUCGCGGAGCCAAGAGAGGCCACUGUGACUCUUAACUUGCCUUUUCAGAGGCAGACGUGAUGAGAGGUUUAGUGAUUCAGGCUCUGCCACACGUGAAAGACACUGUGACUGAUGUUGCUGAAACUCGGCAAACUUGUCAUCUCGAUACGCACAUUUUGGGUGGCGAACAGGAGGAGAGUCAAAGGGAUUACACAUAAAAACAGAGUAUUCAAGUGUGUGCAUUGAGCCAACAAUCAGAAAUGUUGUUAUUUAAAACAAUUAUUUCCAUUCGAACAGAAACACACAAAGUCAAAAAGGAUUGUAUUUAGGAAAGGUGAAAAUUAUCUCCUGUCCCCACUAUUUGCCUUAACCAUGGCCUGCACUUUGGUAUUUAUUUCUCUAGUAUUUAUUACAGCUAGAAUCCACAUUAUUCCAGCACUUAUCAAGAACAGCAAUGAAUGUUUCUUCAAACUUCAAACCAGUUCUCUCAAAGGUUUUCAAAAGUUGGCAACCAAGGGGAUAUCAGGUAACUCAGACGAUUUAAAACUAAAGAAAGUUUCGAGGAGUUAUUCAGAGGGGAGCUUCUCCACAUUAUUUUCACCAUGUUCAACUGAAGGUUUAAUGCGUUACUCGUGUGUUAUUUGCUUCAUAUUCUCCUCAAUUAAAAUCUCAUUCAACUAUAUGAAAGAGUCCAUCAUUCAAGUUGUUGUUUUUAAAUCUUGAGCAGUAAACUGUGUGGCUCAGCUGCUUUGAAAUUGUGCAUGCAGAUGUUGUUCUGUCCUGUCAAGAUCUGAGUUGCUAUAUUUGAAUUGAAUGUUUAAUGAUGCAAAAAACUUAUGGAAAUUUGUUUGAAGCAAAGACUGUGUAAUACAUGGAAGUAAUGUUGUGGGUGUCACCCAUUUGUUUCUGAAGUGGAGUUUUGAAGCCUAUCUGCAGCAGUUGCCAUAUUUAAGAUGUAGAUGCAACCUAAACUUCAUUGACCUGCACAGAGGCUGGUCUUUAGCCUACUCCUCCUGAUUCACUCCUAACCUUGAAUUCUUUCAAACAAAUGCAUUAUAAAAAAUUCCACUCCUCCUAAAUCAUUGCCAUAAGAGAGCUGAUGUAUUCAGACCAAAACUGUUUUUUGAACCCGGCCGUAAACAUGUUUAUUUCUCCUGUAAAACGGGACUCUUUUGGACUGGAUGUGUAUGUAUUUUCUGGUGCUUUUGCAGACAGCCUCCAGCUAGCUCUUGGGAAAUUGUGGUUUGUAGCACUUCUGUAUUAGCUUCAUUUCUCAAGACGUAAAGUUUCUGCUUGGUUUGGACAUGGUGUUCAGCCAUAUUUAAACUUAAGCUGCAUUUAAAAUCUCAAACAUUAUAAACCUUAUAUUAGAAUACUAUAAAAAGCUUAAGAAUCAGGGGUCAAAGGGCAUAUGUUUAGUAUUUAUAAAUAUUGAAAACACAUUUUUGGAUCCAGUUAUGAUAACACAAAAAUGCUUUACUUGUAUUUUGCAAAGACUGUAUUCAUGGCAUGUUUCUCUUUGGUGUCAAAUCUUAUAUAUUUAAAUGAAUAUGUUUAUUAAUGAGUGUACUUAUGCAGUUUUUAUGUGUUUAAAAAAGUGUCUAUUUUGUGUAAUUCCUCAAAUGCAGGCAGACUCUCGGCAUCCCUCCCUCUCUGUUUUGUGCUGAAAUUGUGUCCUACCUCAAAGCUGUAAAAAGAAAAAUAUCGUGUCCUCUUUGCUGUUGUUGCGUACAGAUUGUGUAAGAUGUAAUUUUCUCUCUCAGACCAUAUUUUAAAAUAGAACAACUUCCCUUUGCACUGAGCAAUUUCUGUCCAGUGUGUUUGUGUUUUUUUGCCCUCCGCCAGCAUAAAUUCUCUGUCCUCUUUCAUAAUACGGAGUUUUCAAAUCAAACAGCCUGUAUAAUUUGUGCAUACAGAUUCAAAAAGAUAUUUAUCAAAAAAGGGUUUUAAAACAUGGUGUAACAUAUAUUAUUUACCGACUAAAUAAACUAUUUUCUGCUGUGGUAUUGCAGUAAAGGUUUUAUUGAUCUCAUAAUGGGAAUAAAUGCCAUAUGACCAUAUGAGUUAUGAUCAUGCAGCAGAAAAGAUGGGAGGUAGUCUCUUUGGACUGCCUCACACUGAUUAGAGAGCUCUGUAAUUAAUGCUCAGAAAUAAGUGUGGUCUACUUGUUGAACAUGAAUCAGAAAGUGCCUUCAUGCCAUCUAUCCAAUCUCCUCGUGUUUCACUAAUUGUUUGCUUGGCAGAAGAGUCACAACACCACCAGACGCACAAAUUGAUAUGGCAUCUUCAUGCACAUGAUAAACUCAUGUAAUACGUGCUGCAAGGCUAAUUUCAGCAAACAUAGUAGCAGGCACUUCAUUUAUAUUUCUGAAUAUUCUGGUAUGUAUAGUCCGCCGUAGCUGUGUAUAUUUGCUUAUUGCCUGAAUCUGUUCAAGUCCAAUUCACAAGGUCCUGAUUUGGGUUUUCUAUUCUAUUCUAUUCAGUUUUAUUUUUUUCGACUCUAUUCUUUUCGAUUCUGUUUAAUUCUUUUCAACUCUAUUAUGGUCCAUUCUGUUCUAUUUUAUUCUAUUCUGUUCCGUUCUAUUCUUUUCUAUUCUGUUCUGUUAAAGUCUCUUCUAUUCUGCGCCAUUAUGUUCUGCUAUGAUCUGUUCUGUUCUGUUUUAUUCUGAGCUAUUAAAUUCUAUUCUGUUCUGUUUUAUUCUA